AUGGCACCGGGUGUGAAGGCUGGAGUGAAGCGGCGCCGUGCCGACGACGCCCCAGACUCCCCGGAGGACUUUUCCAACGUCUACGGAUCGCACUUUGCUGACCAGGAUUUGCCGUGUGACGACAUUCCUGAUGAGUCGAUGCCACCAGAGGUUGCGUACCGCAUGAUCAAGGACGAGCUCAGUCUGGAUAAUAAUCCGAAGCUCAACCUUGCUUCCUUCGUGUCAACGUACAUGGAAAAAGAGGCAGAAGAUCUCAUGCUGGAAGCCAUGUCCAAGAACUUCAUCGACUUCGAGGAAUACCCGCAGACGGCUGAAAUCCAUCACCGCUGCGCCAACAUGAUUGCCAACCUCUUCCACGCGCCGCAAGACACCGCCAUUGGCACUUCGACUGUCGGCUCCUCCGAGGCCAUUAUGCUUGCCGUGCUGGCCAUGAAGCGUCGCUGGAAGCAGCAACGUCAGCGACACGGGAAGCCUAUUGACAAUCCCAACAUUAUCAUGUCCUCCGCGGUACAGGUGUGCUGGGAAAAGGCGGCACGCUACUUUGAGAUUGAGGAGAAGUAUGUCAACUGUACAAGGACGAGGUUUACGAUUGACCCUAAAGAGGCGGUUGAGCUGUGUGACGAGAAUACGAUUGGUAUUGUGGCGAUUCUAGGGACCACAUAUACAGGUGCGUACGAGGAUGUCAAGGCCAUCAGCGACUUGCUGGUGAAGAAGAAGAGUCAUGUGCCGAUCCAUGUUGAUGCCGCGAGCGGAGGCUUUGUGGCGCCUUUUGUACUUCCCCAUCUCGAGUGGGACUUUAGAGUUGAAAGGGUCGUUUCCAUCAACGUUUCUGGGCACAAGUACGGUCUUGUAUAUCCUGGCGUGGGCUGGGUGGUAUGGCGCUCACCCGAGUACCUCCCCAAGGACCUUAUUUUCAACAUCAACUAUCUCGGCGCCGAGCAGUCCUCCUUCACGCUCAACUUCUCCAAGGGUGCGUCCCAAGUCAUUGGGCAGUACUACCAGCUCAUCCGACUUGGCAAAGCUGGCUACCGCCACAUCAUGUGCAAUCUUACUAAGACGGCAGACUACCUCGCUGGGGCACUCCGUGAGCUUGGAUUCGUUAUAAUGUCCGAGGGCCAGAGCCAGGGCCUGCCGCUCGUGGCCUUCCGCUUCCCCAGCAAGGACGAGGGGGAGACGGAGGAGAAGGACUUUGACGAGUUCGCCCUGGCGCACUAUCUGCGCUCCAGGGGCUGGGUCAUCCCUGCGUAUACAAUGGCCCCCGAGACGGGGCAAAUGAAGAUGAUGAGAAUCGUCGUGAGGGAGGACUUCUCAAGGAGCAGGUGCGAGCUGCUGAUCAAGGAUAUCAAGCUGUGCCGCCAGCAUCUGGAGCAGGACAGCAAUCAAUUCAUCAAGAGGCUGCAGGAGCACGUGAGACGCCAUACCAGUGCUUCCGGCAAGAUCCGGGAUCCGAUGGGUGCAGCCAAGGCCGCGUUCAAGAACGAACGUCACUCGCUCCAGGAUCACCCAUCUUGCAAUGCCGCCAAGUACAGCGGUGGUGGUGUCUUUUUUGGUCCUGCCGUCGUUUUGCCACGUUUUCCUACCCAAUUACAGUCUUCGUUUGCUGUCCACGUCUAG